AUUAUUAUUAUGUAGAUGUGCAUGAAGGGGAUGACCGCUUUCGCAGAUGGAAUGUUUCGCUGCUCCUUGCUCUUUGCAAAUGCUUGGAUCGGAGAGAGCAAAAUGCUAUUAUGCCUGCCCGCCUCGAAAUCCUUGGAAGACCGUAUAUUGAGCCUCCCAGAGGAAAGUAAAAGCGCCUCCUUCGGAGGCCCCAUCCGCCUAUCCACAUGCUUUGCUUUUUAUAGUAACUUGCGCAGCGUUUUGUGUGAGUGGUGGAUUUAUGCCUGCCUCCAGUUCGUAGUCUGUUCUACUUGUUGGCCACCCAUAGGGCUCGUUCCAACGCCUCGAAAAUGCGCCUAUUUAAGUACCAUUUCUGCACCAGCCUGUAAGCAUAAAACGGGGGAUCAUAUGUGUUCGUCCCUCUGUCGGUAUCUGCUCCUGCCUGCGUACUGCAUUGACGCCCCGUCUGAUCUCGCCCCAGUUUUGAUUACGUCCUUGCCGAGCUCAGGCACAAAGUCCAAGGGAUGCGUGUUUCAAGAUACACUUUUCUUCAAUCCUGAUAGAAGCCUUUUCGACGUAUUUGCAACAGUGCCGAGAAAACGAAUUAUUGCGCGUAGUUACGCACUCUCGGCCUGGCACAAAAAGGGACGGGAGCAAGAAGUAAAGCCCAAAACAUAAGAAUCCAAAAAAAAAGCAAGAAGACACUGGAGCCACAAAUAAAAUAAACCUCGCAGACGAAAAUAUAACGGUUUUGUGGUCAGUUUUUGAAAUCUCGGUAACGUCCUAAUCGCGAAACAGGCACUUCGAGUGGUCCGCACUUUUCCCGUCCAUUUUCUUUUUCGCCGGCUAUUGCUUGUCGGCCUUGACUUAUCAAAGCCUGAUAAUAGCUUGCUGUAUACAUCAGUUUAUUUAUGAGGGUUUUUGCUUGAAUUCGAAGAAAGGAAACGCGAAGCUCCGCUUGAUUGUUCCAGUUUCUCCAACCCCACUCUUCACCCAUUCACUCCUUAUUAAAAUACAAUAUUGUCUGUGCGUGUCAUACCUCGUGGCAUACCUGCUGCUGAAUUUCUCCGUAGGGGGUCGAAAUCUCAAUUUCCUUUGCUGGGUUUCUAACCUUUGAUCUUCUUUGAUUCCCUUGCUUGUUAUUUCAGGUGACACAGCCUCCAAGUCACAACUGGAAGCAGGAUACGGCGUGUAUCAAGAUUUGUUUGGUCGAGGGAAAGGUGCCGUCCGCUCAAAUAGUCGAUCUUAUUCGAUCAGGAAUUUCAAGGCCAUCGAUUGGUUGUCAGAGAAAAGGAGGCAAAUAACAGCUGCAACAACAGGGUGCAGACACUUUGACCGACUAUUUGUACCAUCUAAUUUUCCCUUCCUGUCGCUGCGUUGCCGGGUUUGGUUGACGGUCUAAGUCUUGUCAACCCACUUUGAAGGCCCUGAUCGACGGUGCUACAACGCUCGUGAGACGGUCAAAUCUGAUUUUGCUUCGAUUAUUUUUCCAGAUCUCUCGUUCCUCUCCGCAAUCAUUGAAAGUGGCACUUGAUUGUCCCACAACGCAAACAGCACACGGUGACAAACCGGACGAGAGUCGUCUUCUCCGGCAAAUCGAAGAUCCCGUCAAACCGCUUCUGGAAAGCCGACUCAGCUUUAGGAUUCUGCGAAUAAUCGGUGAGAGGAGGGUUUAGGCUGCAAUAAAGUCAAAUACUUUACCUGUGCCCAAGGCUCUCCGAGGGACCACGCGCAACCGCUUCAUCUAAAGAGCGUCGAGACCAUAGUCAUCCCUGGAAAGUGGUGAGAGCAGCCCACGGAACGCCGGCUGACGACGCAUUGCCUUAUGGUCCUGCGCAUCAUUCCACGCUUUACCGCAGACACAUUGGAUAUCUCACUGCUUUUGGGGUCUCAUGAUGAGGAAAAAGAGGCGACGAGCACAACCACGACGGCUGGGGGAGCAACCGCAUCACCCAGGCCAUCCGACUCAGAGUUAGGUACUCUCCCAAGACCAUCGGUUUCGACGGCUUCGCCAGAAAUUCCAGGAGCCCUGCUAGCGUCGCGACCCGGGUCUUCCGCUAAGAGACCAUUACAGGAUGCAUCACCUCGAGGUCGUCCUGCCAAGAAGCAAUCAAAGUGGUCGCCUGAAGAGAACGCAUUAAUACUUGAGCUUCGGGGAGGAGGAAUGAAAUGGGACGAUAUCAGUAAAAGAAUUCCAGGAAGAAGCCCCAUAAGUUGUCGGCUACAUUAUCAAAAUUAUCUUGAAAGGCGGUGCGAAUGGGAUGAAGACAGAAAGAACAGGCUAGCAAGACUUUAUGAAAGAUUCAAGGAGGAAAUGUGGUCAAGGAUAGCCGAAGAAAUGGCUAUACCUUGGAGAGCAGCAGAGGCCAUGCACUGGCAACUUGGUGAAGCCGAGAUGGCACAGCGAGCAGGAGUAACACCAUUCUCAUUUUCCGCCCCCCUAAGGCAGUCUUCGCCGAGAGCGCGUCGAAACACCCUCUCGAGACGAGACCGCUUAAGCACAAGCCAACUCCCAUCGUUGGCGGAGCUCACUGCUGGAAUCCCCGCAUACACCUCACAAAUGGUGGGUGAGCCUCAUCCAGCGAUGGCUUCUUCACUAUUCCACCCCGAGCCAGGUCCGACGCAGAUUCGAAGGGGAUCAAGGCCCCGAGCACACAGACGAUAAGACGAUGGAAGCGGAAGGGUCUAUUUACUUAGCAUGUAUGCAUAGCGCGGGUUGGGGUCGCGGGAAUCGGUAUGGUAGAUUCGCAAGGUCUGGGAACAGCAUAUUAUGUAAACCUAAUUUUGGUGUUUUUGUCUUUCUUGCUCUUUUCCCGAGUUCGGAUUUAAAUUAAUUUUGCAUUUCAGUUCAUGGUCGAUAUAAUCCUUGCUCAAUGGAGAAAUUGAAUCCUAGCAUA